UUUGGGCCCGGGGACAUGAUAAUAGGUGUGUACAGUAACAUUUCCAUUUCAUUUGGAGAGACAGAGUAGUGAGUAGUGAGAGGGCGAAGCGAUGAAUGCCCCAGAUCGUUACGAGCGUUUCGUCGUCCCUGAAGGCACCAAAAAGGUUUCUUAUGAGAGGGACACGAAGAUCAUCAAUGCGGCGUCCUUCACCAUCGAGAGAGAGGAGCACACUAUCGGCAACAUCCUCCGCAUGCAGCUGCACAGAGACCCCAAUGUCUUGUUUGCCGGAUACAAGCUUCCUCAUCCUCUUCAAUACAAAAUUAUUGUCAGGAUACACACCACUAGUCAGUCUUCGCCAAUGCAGGCAUAUAACCAGUCUGUUAAUGAUCUGGACAGGGAACUUGAUCAUUUGAAGAGUGCCUUUGAGGCAGAGAUGUUGAAGUUUUCUAGGGACUAUUGAUAUACGGCCAAGAUGGACGGUGUUGCGUUACAAGCCCUGGCAGAUAUUGAGAUAGCAAAUCCCUUCUGCUAAAUGGAAUUUAAAUAGGAUGCUUUUGAGUGUUUUGGGAAAUUUGUUAAAUAUGGGUGUGUUGGAGGAAUUUUAAUAAUUGUGAACAAUUACGAAGUUAGCAAAAAUGCAUUAAUAUUAGCAACUAUUAGUAAAUAUCUGUCUCAUGGAUCUUAACGGCUUUAUUGUAGAAUUAUUUACUGUGCCAAAUAUACUCUGUUGAGGGCGUGUCUGGUGACAUGAGUAAUCAGUUAUAUGGUUUGGACCUU